AUGCUCGCCAGCUACCCCCCCGCGAGUCGACUGACCAACGACUGCUCGACCCCGCGAUACAAGCGUCGCCUGCCGAUCGACGAUCCCAUGCUGGAGGAGCUCUCCAUGACCGAGACUCCGAUCGCCUUCCGCGUUGACAACGUGAUCCGAGCUGUGAGUGGCUACAGCUCCGUGUUUUUGUGUCGAGGGCAGCUCUAUAGAGAUGCGAACGGUCAGAUAGGAGCCGCGGCCCAGGAGCCGGGCGUCUCAGACCUCGCCGACGACCUGCUCCGCGACGCGGAGCUCUACAUCCGGUACGAGCCCCCCUCGCCCAAGGCCAAGCGACGAUGCGCCGGCCUCUCCCCCUUCCGCCUCACCCUGUCCACCUCCGACGGCAGCAUGCUCUCCUCCUUCCGCGGCCUGAGCUUCGAGCUGGAUGUGGAUGAGGCUCAGGGGGUCGUGCACUGGGGCACCAGCCUCGCCCUCGCGUUUCCCGCCAGCAAGGACCUGCAGUCCUUCCUGACCUGUGCUGACCUGGCCCCUGCCACCCCCAAUGGCCGCCUGGGCGGCACGCAACACAACAAGCUGGUGACGCCUCCUACCCUUCGUGGCGCCAGCACCCCCGCCUCGCCCCAACUGAGCACCAGCACCGCCUCCCCAUUUUCCCUUUCUACCCCCAAGCUAGUCUUGCAAAGGGCCCUGUCGACAGAGUUCAUGACCCUGAGGGCCUGA